CCCGUUUGUCAUUUCAACGGUCUCUCAGCUGUUCGUUUCCCGCACUCUGCGCUCUUUGCAUCUGGCCGUUAAAAACAGUCGUUUUGUCGGUUAGGGGUAGCUUGGGUGUUUAAGUUGGGGUUCAGUUUGGCCUUCGGUUCAGCAAACUUUUCGUUUUUCGGGUAUUAGAAACUUGCACGUGUGUUAGAGGAAUGGCAUCGAUAAGAAUUCACCAGGACCAGGAAAACCGGGUGCCGGAAUUGCGCCGAAAACCGGGAACGACUGCCCAGCAAAAACGGGGCGUUCUGGGCGAGAUUGACAGUAAUAAAGUUAAUAACGCAGCCCUUAAAGGAAAACAGACGAAGAAGCCAACCGUUUUGGGAAACCGGGUGGAAAAUGGGCAAAAAAACGAGAAUAAGAAGAAUGUCGUGGUUCCGGUGGCCCAGUUUGAGGCGUUUACUGUGUAUGAGGAUGAUGAAUACAGAGCGAGAAUCGAUGAAAGGCUCAAACUUAUCAGUAAGAGUAAUGUGUAUAAAGGGACGGCCGAGGACAGGUUUAUCACGAAGACAGAACUUGCCGAAAUUGAAAGGAAAAAGAAUUUGGAGAAAUUGAAGGAAAUUACUGCGCCUCAACUUAAGAGAAAAUCGGAGAUUCCGAUGAGCAUUGAGAAAUCAGAUGUGGAGAACAUUGAGCUCAAAGAGCAAACGGUUUCCACAAAUACCAAUGCUAGAGAUGUCUUUUUUGAAAUGGAGGAGUAUAGGGAUAGCAUUUUUGCUUAUCUCAAAGAACAUGAGCUGCGACAUCGGCCAAAACCCGGCUACAUCGUGAAACAGCCUGACGUAACUGAAAACAUGCGUGCUGUUUUGAUCGAUUGGCUUGUCGAAGUUACUGAAGAGUACGGUAUGCAAACGGAAACCCUUUAUUUGGCCGUAAAUUUCAUCGACCGAUUUUUAAGUUACAUGUCUGUAGUUAGGGCCAAAUUGCAACUUGUGGGUACAGCUGCAAUGUUUAUUGCUUCUAAAUACGAGGAAAUUUUUCCACCAGAAGUCAGCGAAUUCGUGUACAUCACUGACGACACUUACGACAAACACCAAAUGAUUAGAAUGGAACAGUUAAUUCUGAGGGUGUUGGGCUUCGAUUUGUCGGUGCCCACACCACUUACUUUCCUAAACGCCAUUUGCAUUUCCACAAAACAAACCGAAAAAGUGAAGAAUCUCGCGAUGUAUUUAAGCGAAUCGGCGCUUCUGGAGGUCGAACCGUAUUUACAGUUUUUGCCGUCAGUUGUCGCGUCGUCGGCGAUAGCUCUCAGCAGACACACUUUGGGCGAAGAAGCGUGGCCUGGCGACUUGCAAAAAUACACAGGAUAUAAUUUGAAAAAAUUAGAAUCUUGUAUUGGAUUCUUGUAUAAAAUGUUCGCCAAAGCGCCAUCUAAUCCACAACACGCCAUUCGGGACAAGUACAAGGCGCCAAAGUAUAUGCAAGUUUCUAAGAUUAGUCCCAGCGGUGAGAUGAUUUCGUUCGAUUAAAAGACUGCUCUACUUCGUAGGGAACAAAGGCCUUGCGUUUUUUUUUCUGGUCUAGUUUUUAUUAUUAGAUUUAUUAAUUAGAUGGUAAUAAUUUAUAGUAAGCUGUGCUGUGGUGUCCCAUUCAUGUGUACUGUCGACCAUCAAUAUUAUUUUAGUUUGCAUGGUUUUAUUUACUGUCUUUUAUGUGUUAUUUUAUUUGGAUUUACGUAUUUUGAAUUUAUACUCUCGUUGAAACUACCUUGUUUCCUAAACAUUGUACAGUUUAUUUAUUUGUUAUAAGUAGUUAAGAAUCAAACAAACGAAUUGCUGCCAUUCCUUUAUAACAAAAUGGACGAAAUUGUCAAUAACAAUUUUUGAUAUUUUUCUAUACGCAAUAAAUUGUGGAACUACAA